AUGUCAAGAUCUUUCUAUUUAACUUUUGCCUUGGUUGCUUCUUUAAUGAUUGUUUCUGUACAAUGUGAUCAAGAAUUCUUAUUUGAACCAACUACAAGUGGAUCUUCAAGCUCAACAUCUCAACAGUCACCAGCCUUUGUAAAUGAAACUGUAGCACCAAAGAUUAAUGCAACAGUAACUCCUGCACCAACCAAUGCUUCAGUAACAAGUGGAUCUUCAAAUCCAGCACCGGUAUCAACAACAGGAUCAGCACCAGUUUCAACACCAGCUGCAACCACACCAGCACCAUUGAUCCCAUCAGAUGAACCAAAGGUCUCAACCAAUACUGAAACACCAAAGCCAACAGUUACAGUAGUACCAGUUCCAAACAAUGCUACCUCUGGUUCUCAAAAUCCAGCACCAAUCAAAGAAACAAUCAAAGAGUCAACCAAAGAAUCAGCCAAAAAGCCAGUUGAAACAACAACCAAGUAA